AGCUGAAGCUAGCGAAGGUAGUUACAGCCGGUUAUCUUAACUGGGUCGCUGUAGAGGCUGUAUCAUGGCUCUUCGAACUUUGAGGAGAACUCUAUGUGGAAGACAAUGUGGAUGUUUCUACAGUUCUAUCCCAGAGAUGCCUCCUGCGGGAAUCACCCCCCAGAAAUACACGGGCAUAUCUUACGAUGAUGCAAUGAAAGUCAGAAAGUCACAUCUGACCCCUGCCCUUUUGACCUAUUACAAGAAUCCAAUCAUGAUUGUUCAGGGUCACAUGCAGUGGCUCUGGGACACAGAGGGAAAGAGAUACUUGGAUUUGUUUGGGGGCAUUGUCACUGUUAGUGUGGGGCAUUGCCACCCGAAGGUAACAGAAAGAGCUAAGAAACAAAUGGAUAACCUAUGGCAUACAACAAACAUUUAUCUUCAUCCAACAAUUCAUGAAUAUGCUGAAAAGUUGGCAUCUAAAUUACCUGGGAAUUUAAAGGUUGUGUAUUUCACAAACAGUGGAUCUGAGGCCAAUGAUCUAGCAGUUCUAAUGGCUAGGAUGCACACUGGCGUCUUUGAUAUAAUCUCACUCAGGAAUGCUUACCACGGUGCUAGUCCAUACCUUAUGGGUCUAACUGCUAUGUCCACAUGGAGGUUCAAUGUUCCAACUGGAUUCGGCAUUCAUCAGUCUAUGAAUCCUGACCCCUACAGAGGCCCCUGGGGAGGUGCAAACUGUAGGGACUCUCCCUCCCAGACCCUCAGGUCCUGUGACUGUGGGGCUGGGGAAUGUCAGGCUGGGGUUAAAUAUGCUGAACAGCUGGAGGAUGUGUUGAGGUUUUCUAUGCCCAAAGACAAAUGUGGGGCAUUCUUCGCUGAAUCCAUUCAGGGAGUAGGUGGAACAACACAAUUUCCCAAGAAUUUCCUGAAGAGGGCAUUUGAUAUGGUCCGAUCUAAAGGUGGAAUUUGCAUAUCAGAUGAGGUCCAAACAGGAUUUGGAAGGUUGGGUGAACAUUUCUGGGGAUUUGAAAACCAUGGCGUUAUUCCAGAUAUUGUUACAAUGGCAAAGGGGAUUGGAAAUGGUUUCCCCUUGGCAGCAGUGGUAACCUCCCCUGAAAUUGCCUUAUCCAUGGCAAAGGCCCUGCAUUUCAACACCUAUGGAGGGAAUCCUUUGGCUUGUGCUGUAGGAUCUGCUGUAUUGGAUGUGAUCAAGGAAGAAAAAAUUCAGGAGAAUGCUGCCUCCACCGGGACCUACUUCAUUUUGGAACUUAGAAAAAUGAUGGAUGAAUUUGAAACUAUUGGUGAUGUCCGAGGAAAAGGCUUAAUGAUUGGAGUGGAGCUAGUCAAGGAGAGGGAGAAGAUCACACCAUUACCUGUUGACGAUGUAAACAAGAUAUGGGAAUUUAUGAGAGACCAUGGAAUUUUAGUUGGAAAAGGAGGGAUAUUUGGAAAUGUCCUUCGCAUCAAACCACCCAUGUGUAUAUCCAAGGCUGAUGUUGAUUUCACCAUCGCAGUUUUUAGAGAAGCAUUGAAAACACUUGCUAGAUAGUCUGUAAGCAGUGUUUGAUGUAAAAAAUCAAUCUUCACAAGAAACACAGAAUGAAAUUUUACUUGAUAAUCUAUGUGUAUGAGAGUGGAAUAUAUAUUUUUUUUGUCCAGUGAACAAAUAAAUGUGAGCAAAAUAUAUUUUAUGAUCAACUGUGAUAUCGAGAGUUGAACAAAGUCAAAAAAAUUGUAAACAGCUUGAAUGUUUAGAAUGUAGAGCUUUGGGUUUGUUUUUAUAUACUAGGUACCCCUGGUACAUGGGUGAAAGUUUAUGAAGAAAAAUGCCAAAUAUAUCCUUUUUUUUUUUUUACUUUACUGCUUUUUUAUGCUUACGAUAAAUAAAUAUGUUAGAGUGAGGACGAACCAGUAUCUUUUUGUAUUGCUCAGUUUAUGUUUAGAAAUGACACAUUACUUGUUUUGAACACCAAUUAUUUUUUAAUGCAAUCAUCUGCUGACACAAAUCCACGCGUGUUAAAUUCAUUUUGAGAUCAGUGUAUGCAUUUGUCCUUCCAGACCACUGUGAGAUUGCUAUGAGCAGAGAAAAUAUGCUUCCUAAAAAUAUCAGUGAAGUCUGCUUUUCCACCACAUAAACAGAGAAAUUUUCUUUUUUACCAUAUGAACAUAGAAAAAUGUUUCUUCAACGAAAGCAACUAACCAUAACUCAAGAAAAAUCAAGCAACUAACAAAAAGAACAAGGAAAUUUACUUCCUGAACAUAUUUUUAUGCACUUAGAAAAAUUGUAUGUGGGUUUAUUCUGUAAUGGUAUACACAAUGAAUAAAGUUUUUUUUUGUUGUAAAAAUGCACUGGUAGUCACUAUGGAUUCUCUAUCUACCUAAGAUGUUUAUUUCUGUGUAUAUUACACAUGCCUAGUCAGUGAAGUACUAAAAUUUCAAAGUAAUAUUGGAAAAAAAUGAGAUGUAACUGAACUGAAAUAUUGGGUAAUAUUAUAGGAACUUGUAGACAGGAGAACCAAUAAAAUCAUAGAAAAUCA